AUGACGACUCACAACGGCCCUGGACAGCUUGGCGCUGCCGUCAAGGACUUUCAGGACAACAACAACUAUGCCGCUGCUGAGGACGCUGCUUCCAACAUCAACAAUGAAGACGAUCAGUGCUUCGUUCGCCCGUCUGAUGUGGCACCAUUGCCGGCGAGUGCUGACAUGCUUCAGAUUUGCAAGUAUUAUCAAGACCUACAGGAGGAAUAUGGGGGAGUGUACAAAGCCCUUGCGGCUGCUAAGACUAAGAUCGCGAUCUUGUAUGCACUGCUACUGGCAAAGGCUCGAUGCAAUUUUGAUAAGGGACUCUCCCUGCGCACAAUUGCAAACUCAAACAAGAUACGCAGCGAGGGCGGCCAAUAUGGGGUUUGUGUUUGGCCUUGGCCCCACGAUGGUAUAUUUCCGGUCUCUCCUCUUGCCCUCGCCAUGGAUCCCGGCAGCCCAGAACACUGGGAGGAUGCAAACAAGAUGGCUCUGGGCGCCAUGGCUGAGUUGUACGCAUUCCUCUCCCUCGAAAUGCGCCCGUUGAUGGAGAAGGAGCCCUCUUUUGCACAACUUUUUAUUGACGGAAUCAACUUGGCUUGGCGCCCCUACAUGUCUCAUUUGAGAGAUGCCAUGCCCACAAUCGUUCCCGCUCUUACCGUUGACCAGAAACUCAGUCUUCUGAAGAGGGACAUCAAGUCUAAGCACUACAAUUGCGUCCCUCCCGUGUUCUAUACGAAUCCAGAGAUACAAGAUCCGAGCACGCUCCUCAUGUCUGAGCCCAUUGUUAAGGUGAUCAUCAUCAAGCUGUUCAGCAAAUCUGGCCUGAGGUUUUGUUGCGUGCCCAGACCGCGAAGCAACACCAAUGGUCACAAAUGGGGUGUGAAGACCAUCAGCACGCCGAUGAUUGCAAGUGGUGCAACCGAUGUCCGCUAUCUCCUUACUACCGAUAAUGAAUACUCCACGCCCAGUUCUCCAUCGGGAAUCAACUACACAUCUGACAGGGACUAUCUUCUUGGGAAGCUAACGACAUUGAACCCUAAAUGGGUUCAGAAGGUCCAGGAGUUCUACAACUUCGAGAUCUUUGGCAUCCCGCCCUCUUCUGAUGGGCCUGCUAAUGCAGCUCCUGCUGCGAAACCAAAUGCAGCACAGCAGCAGCAAGAUGCAGAGCUGCAGCCGACAACAAGUCUGUCAGAGCAGAUAUGGGGAAAUCAUGAGUGCUGCUCGCAGAGCCAUCGGCUGCACUGGGACCAAGCCAAGCCCUAUAUAGGCCAAGCCCUGCCCGAGCCCUGGCUAGGGCUUUUGAGGGCCUAA